AUGCUCACCCACCUUGGAACUGCUGCAAUAAGGAAAUUAAAACCUAGAAAGUCGCCAGGACCAGAUGGUAUUUCCAACGAGAUGCUCACCCACCUUGGAACUGCUGCAAUAAGGAAAUUAAAACCUAGAAAGUCGCCAGGACCAGAUGUUCCUUUUUACGAUAAAUAUGACGGCUUAGACAGAAAAGCCAAAAGUCGAAAUAGGUAUAUAUCACAUGAUCGAGUAAAACAAGAACAAAAAGUACGCUGUAAGAAGAUAUCUAACAUCUUGAAAAAGAAUGAAUGUCAGCGAUCAACAGAAGAAGUAUUGAUGCUGGAAUCAUCACCAGAAAUUGUUCAACUAGUACAGAAGAGAGCACAGGUGCUUGUUAAAAAGAAACAACGGAUUUUAGAGGUUGAAGAUGAUGUUGAUACCUUGUCUGCUAAAUGUCAGCAGUUAGCAAAUGCUAUCAAAUCAUCCAAGAAAGUUGUUGUGUAUACAGGUGCUGGAAUUAGUACAGCUGCUUCAAUACCUGACUAUCGCGGACCAAAUGGGGUAUGGACAAUGUUGAAACAAGGAAGGGAGCUUGAAGAUCAAGACCUUAGUGACGCAGAACCGACCUUCACCCACAUGAGUAUCACGAAGCUGUACACAGAAGGAUACGUCAACUAUGUGGUAUCUCAGAACUGUGACGGUUUGCAUGUACGGAGCAGUCUACCGAGGAAUGUCAUAUCUGAGGUUCAUGGCAACAUGUAUCUUGAGGUUUGUCCAAACUGCAAGCCCCAGCAGGAGCUCUUCCGUCUGUUUGACGUGACGGAGAAGACAGGCGUGCGUCGCCACGUCACGGGCAGGAAGUGUCACCGCUGUAGCUCCGCGCUGAAGGACACCGUCGUGCACUUCGGCGAGAAGGGCGGGCUGCGAUCUCCGUACUGGUGGAAGCGCGCCGUGAAGGCUGCCAACAACGCAGACCUCAUUCUGUGUCUCGGAUCCAGUCUCAAGGUUUUAAAAAAAUACUCGUGUUUGUGGUGUAUGGAUAAAAAGGUACAUCAACGACCAAAACUCUUCAUCGUCAAUUUGCAGUGGACACCAAAGGACGACAAUGCUACCUUAAAAAUUAAUGGUUACUGUGACGACGUAAUGAUGCAAGUGAUGAAGUACCUGUCUCUAACAGUAGAGCCGUAUCAAAGGAUACAGGAUCCAAUUUUCCAUAUGUCGGUGCCUUUAAGAACGAAUGAACUGAAAACUACCUCAAAGAAAAUCCUUCAAGUGCCCAAAGAUUACUCACCAAAUGUCCGGUUAAAUCGAAGAGACGUGGAGAGAUACAGACAUGCAACAGAUGCAGACAAGAAACCGUGCCUAGGUGAACAACCGUUGCAGAAAACGUUUUCUGUCAUUAAAACAUUACUGAACUCACCAAUAUCUCAGGGAGAAGGUGGUGAAGCACUGCUGACACAAGUGAUCUCAUCAACGAUGCCUCAAAGUAUUAAGACGGACUUGUUGAACAGUUACGUCCACUUUUCAAGCUCGGUACCUGCAAACUCAAAACAUCCGUGCAGACUGGGUGGUGCAUUUCCGCCAACGUUCCUCGUCAUGAAGCCAAUACACGACGCUCAGCUCGUCGGGAACUUCCAGCUGCAGGUAAAUAUUGCACACAGCCACAGCCACGGCCAGCAUCAGGUGUCUGAUAAAAGCUGUCUCAGUGUGAGGUGGAAGUGUCCCGGUACAGACGCAGGGUCCGACUCGCACACGGGUGGUUGUAAAGCAGAACACGACAGUGACCUACAGGAACAGGCACUUGAUCUCUCUACGACGGGAUGCUCAACGACAGGCAGCUCUGGAUCUCUCGUGUCCAAUAGUACGCACAAUUCAGUGUCUGAGUCAGUACAUGUGUCUCCUGUAGCUCAAGUUGACUCGGUGAAGACUGAAGCCAAACAGAUAUUCCAAGACAGUAAUGACCAAUGCAGCCAAACUCGCGACUUACCGUCAACUGUUGCAGUUGUAGAAAGUGAAUCUGUUUUGUUGUCAAAUACUCAACCGAGUGGAGUUGCGUCUUCUACUGAUGACCAGACUGUUGUAGAGUCGGACGACGCUGCGCACAAACCUGGGUCUUCCACAGAUGAAACAGGAACGGAAAUCUCUGCCAACUCGGAUCAUCAAGCAGUACUUAACAAACCGCCUGCACCUCACACAAAGAAACGGUCAGUGCCAGGAUGGUUUGGAAAAGGACUGACGAUCAAGAAGAAAAGAAAAUUAUGUUUAUAAUAUAUAUUUAUUCAGAACAAAUUCAGGUUUCCUUUCAAAUACUCAAAGAAUUCCAUGAGUAAACAUACUGAAUGUUUCUCUGUAACAGUAUUGGUAAAUACAGACAGAUAGAUAGGAAAGAUAAUGCUUGCCAGUUUUUGCAUGUCUAUCCGUCCAGAAUGCUUGAAUUUGACAAUAUUGAAGCGUCUGUUUGCAGGGGUCGGAGUUCACUUUGUUUACCAGUACUCAAGGAUAUUCAGUAAUACUGUUCCUUUAAUGAUACUGGAAAUUCUAAAACAAAUACCUGUAGUAGUAGUAGUAGUAGUUUAUUUGAUGUAAAAUAAAAACAGAGUUUAUCUCGA